AUGACCUACCUCGACAAGGCCAAUGCCGCCCUUCAGAAGGCCCUCAGGGUCAUACAGUUCCUGUCGCCAGUCAUCUCUCUCGGACUCUUCGCCAGCCGUAUCGCAAAGAUUGUCCGACUAGGAAUUCAGAUCACACACUCCAAUGGCGCCGUUCUUGGAAUUCUAGCCGCUGCAGUUGCCUACACCCUCUUGGCCAUGAUUUUCCAAUUUGUGGUCAAACACGGCGGUCCCAAGAUCUUCCGGUGGUUGAUGAUGCUACUCGACUUGUUGUUCGUUGGCGCAUUCAUCGCUGUCGCUGUCCUGACAAGACCAUACGGAGGGAGCUCAGGCCCAUGCCGAAACCAGAACCGCUACUUAGCCACUGCUGUAAGAGGAGCUGGACAGGACUGCAACUUACCAUGGGGUGUAUUCAUCCUCUCAAUCAUCAGCACCUUUCUGCACUUCUUGACUGCUGUGUUCCAUGAGGUCAAAGAUCGACGACAUGAGCACCAGGAGAAGAUGAGGAACGCCAAUGGGGGUGGCAACGAGAAUGGAUACUAG